GCGUCGCCGGGGCGGCCGCCAUUGUCCGGCGUUCGGCGAGUCGGGUGGUCCCCUUUGGCUGGAGUGCCUCUCUGGUCUGGGGAUCACCUCAGGCGCUGUCCUUCACUGGGCGAUCCAGCAUGGACCCCGGGGACGAAGGGGCAGCGGAGGUGAUGUCUGUGGGGCCGCCGGCGACCCGGCUUCAGGUAACAAUAACAACAAUAACGACGGCCGCGGGCUCCGGGCAAGCGUCUGCCGCGGAGACUGACCCUUUCACCUCGCGGCGCGAUGAGGGCGGCACCGCUGAAGCCCUUGACACUUGGGGAAACUGAGGCGCGGGUCGGGGCGUGGUGACCGGCCUGGCGGGUCAGAGGUGGGACCGGGGUUCCAACCAGGCGCCUGGCCCCCGAAUGCGCAUGCUCCACGCGGCCGUGUCCUCCCCAGGGCUGGGGUCGGUCAUUCCCGAGAGAAUCCGGCAGGCCCGGCUCCCGCGUUCGGCUCCGCCCCUCGACACCCUUACCCGUUCCAGGAAGGUCUGUCCUCGUGUUGACGGAUAACAGUAACUGUAGCGUUGGCCGGGUGCCCAGGUGGCACGAAUCAUCGAAUAGAGAUGCUUUAACGCGUGGAGUCAGCCGACACCCACCGGGACCCCAGCACCGCGGAGCCCCUGCCUUGGGGCUUGGGCACAACCUCUUGGGGCCAACGAUGGGUCACCACGCACUGAGUGUGACGAGAGUGACUACCAGGGUCGUCCCCUGCGAGACUGUGGGAGAGCUGCAGUGCAGGGCGGCCAGUGCUUGCAGGGCCAUCUGGCCAGGAGAGCUCCACUUUCUAGACAAAGUGGCUGCUGCCUGUGUUCUCCAUAAAGUGCUGCCUAGCGUGGCAGGAAACAACCAUAAUUAUACUUCCUCAAGCUCUGCAACUUUGAAAUUAUGUACUUUUGUUGUUGUUGUUGGUUUGUUCAUGGGGAUUUGCAUUAUUUCAGAUUUGGUACACAAAGUGAGACUUGAUAAUCUUAGGUUGAAGGUUUUCAGAUGUGUGUUACUUCAGAUUUACAUGAAACGCUACCACAUUUUAGUUUGUUCUUGCUGUGGAUGGGGGACACGCAAUGAGCAGUAAGAAAGGCUUGAGAGAAAGUGUAUUAGUUACCUGUUGCUGUGUAACUCAAAACUUCGUGACCUGGAACAACAAUAAAGAUCUCAUAGCUUCCGACACUUAGGAGUACUGGAAUGACCUAGCUGGUGGUUCCUGUCCAGGCCCAUGAAAUUACAGUGAAGAUGUCAGCAUAGCUGUUGUCACCUGAGACUUAAUUGAGGCUGGAGGAUCUUCCUCCAAGAUGGCUCACUCACAUGUCUGUUGAUAGGAGACCUCAGUCGUUCUCCAUGUAGGCCUGUCUUUGGAACUGCUGGGGAUCCUUUCAACAUGGCAUCUGGCUUUCCACAGAACAAGCGAUCCAGGAGAGGGCGAGGUAGAAACUGUAACACCUUCCAUGACCUGAAUUCAGAAUUCACACUCCUGUCACUUCCACAGUGUCUUACUGGUUACAAAAUCAACCUUGUUCAGUGUUGGAGGGGACACACCGGUCCUUGGGUGGUGGUCACACCAGGACUGGAGGUCAUUGGCAGAGGUGGUGGGUUAGCAUCUUGGAGACUGUCCAUCACAGGAGACAAGGACCAGAAUGGAGAGCUCCAAGGUCCAGUGUUUUAUCUGGUUAUCUGUGUCUGCUGUAACAAUUCACUAGAAAUUUUGUGGCUCAGAACAACAUUUAUCCUUAUGGUUCUGGAGGUCAGAAGUCUGAAAUUGGUUUUCUUGACUGGAAUCAAGGUAUGAGCAGAGUUACCCUCCCUACCAAGGCUCCGUGAGAGCUACAGACCUUCUAUUCCUUGCCUCAUGGCCCUUUGCCCGUCUUCAAAGCCAGCAGUGUAGCAUGUUGCUUCAGUGAUCAUAUUGCCUUGUGUCUUCUAUAGUCACAGCUCCCUCUGUCUACCUCUCAUAAAGACACUUGUGAUUGCAAUUAGGGCCCACCUAGAUAAUCCACGAUAAUUUUUCUGUUUGAAAAUCCGAAUCACAUCUGCACAGUUCCUUUUACCAUAUAUAGUAAUAUUCACAGGUUCUAGGAACUAGGACCUGGAUAUCCUUGGAGGCCAUUAUAUAUCUCAGUCUACCAUAGCCAGGCUGAGAGGGGCCAUCUAGUAUCCAGUGAUGAGAAGGAGCCACUCACGUGUUUUAAGCAGGACUGGCAUAGGGUUGAAAAAAACCCACUCAUGCAUUAGGGGCUGGUGGAAAGGGAGAUACUGACAGCUCAACUAAGGCAGUGGGGAAAAGAGAGGAGUGGUUAGGGCCCAGUGGCCAGGUGUUGGCUGAUGCUAGGGUGGCCUGGGCAGCAGAAGGAUGUGUAAAGGAGAAACAUGUGAGCACAGCCCCACCCCUUCAGGCUCCAGAAGUGUGAGACAAGAGGGAUCUGAGGUGGAGCAGAAAGAACAUCAUGACACAGCAAGGAGUGGGCUUCUGCUAGAAUUCCAAGAAGGAGGCCGAGAGGAGGCAUGAAGGACUUGUGUGAUGCUACAGAGAACUCUCAUGGCUUGGACAGACCAGUACUCAGUGGACCUGGUGUCUAGGCUGUCACCAGUGACUUUUGCAGAAUGGGUGAUGAUGGGAGGUGGGGGCAGGAGGCACAGGAAGCACGUAUCAGAACUGGUGGAUAUUUUGAGUGGAAGAAAGUGAAGACACAGAGAUAGGAGCAGAGACCUCAGUUUCCAACCAAAGGCAUCUUUCUGUAUGUUUCCUAUCAGAGCCACCUGCUACCUGUACUAAAAUUUCUUUCGUGUUUUUUAAUCUACUCAUGUUUUUCCUAAAAGGAAAUGUCCUUUUAAAAUUGAAGUAUUUGGGGCCUGGUGCAGUGGCUCAUGCCUGUAAUCCCAGCACUUUGAGAGGCCGCAGUGGAUGGAUCACUUCAGGUUAGGAGUUGAAGACCAACCUGGCCAACAUGGUGCAACCCCAUCUCUAC